GCCCCGCCCCUCCCAGGGUGGGCGGCCCCGGGGCGUCCCACCCAGCGGCGGCGGCACCGGGCACCGGACAUCGAUGACCAUGAGCAGGCGGCUCGCUAUGGAGCUGGAGGAGGUGCGGCGCUGGGGCGGGGUCCGCGACCUGCACUUGGUGGACCGUGAUGUGCUGCGCUGGAGGGGACUGCUGCUACCUAACAAUCCCCCCUACAACGCGGGUGCCUUUCGCUUCGAGCUGGCCUUCUCCCCACAUUACCCCCUUGUGCCUCCUCGUGUCACGCUUCUCACCAGCAUCCACCACCCUGGUGUGGGCCCCGACGGCACCGUGUGCCAGCCCCUCACUUCCCCUGAGAGCUGGGAGCCGGUCACCUGCGCCACGCACGUGCUGCAGGACCUGCUGCUGCUGCUCGACAACCCCGGCACCGAGCGGGUGCUGCGCCCUGAGCUGGCCCGUGAGCUGAGCGAGAGGCCCGAGGCCUUCCUGCACCAGGCAGAGGAGCACACCCGUCGCUAUGCCGAGCCGCGCCCCGACACCCCUGGACCCUGAUCCCCCACCUCAGAGCCCCCUGCCCUGUACAUAAAGCUCCCACUUCAA